AUGGGAAGGUUGAACAAAAAAUUUUCUGGUAGACAUCCAGUACCCCCUGUUUCUCCUACCUAUAUUUUAUCUCCUGCCCUUGACUCUUCAUCCCAAUACACCUCACAGUCAUUGUUUCCAGAUUCUACUAACUAUGGCGAAGGAAGGGAAGUAACUUCCAUGCACUUCCCUCUUUCCCUCGAUUCUUCUUGCUCCCAGGUUGCAAAUUAUAACGUUGGCAUGCCAGGCAGCGGUUGUGACACAGUCUUCUGUUCGCAGACUCAUAGUAGUCAAUAUGGCUUCGCAAUAGAUAAUUCCCAUCGCACUGAUCAGCAAAUUGAUAUCUCCCCUACUGCUUGUGGUAGUGUCCAACACGAUGGGAGGCGUGGAGCUGACUUGGAUGGAGAGGCAUACUUGCAAGGAUUUUACUCUGAUUUUGGUGCGGAUUUAGACAAACUAAAGUCUACUUCAGGUUAUGCCUUUACAUUUGCAGGGGCAGCGAUCAGUUGGAGUUCUAAAUUGCAACAUACAGUUGCUCAAUCAUCUACAGAGGCUCGGUACAUAGCUCUCUCUAAGGGAGCCAACAGUUUGUUGGCCUUCACAUGGGAGGUUGUUAGGAGUGAAGUCCAACGGACUUCUUCUCAUCUUGCCCCCAAAUACUUGGCCUUUCAACUUCCCUCUCGAAGCUCUUUAAAAGAGCUGAUUGGAUAUCAUUUACAUGAUGGUUUUUUUGUCAAGCUACAGGCUGCUGUAGGAUGUGCCAACUUCACUCUAAACAUUUACUUACAAAUAGUUGCGAACAGCAACCCAGAAUUUCAAGCACAAGCUCGGGAGCAGAGCAUUCGGCUCUGUGUUCAAAGGAACUCUGCCAGACAACACGCUUGUGGCAGUAAAGAGGUUAGAGGGUUCUACACAAGCAGAAAAGCAAUUCCAUGCGGAAAUAAGCAUGUCAAUUUGGUGAGGCUCUUGGGAAUCAGUGUACAAGGCUCUCGAAGGCUUCUCGUGUAUACCUUCAUGCCUAAUGGCUCUCUAAACUGUUGCCUCUUCUGUAAAGAUGAAGAAGUAGAGAAGGUGUUGGAUUGGAAGACUCGGUUUGAGAUCGCACUGGGCAUUGCUCGAGGAUUACUUUAUCUCCAUGAGGAAUGCAUGGAUCGCAUCAUCCACUGCUAUACUAAGCCUGAAAACAUUCUGUUGGAUGGUGACUUCAGCCUAAAGGUGGCCGAUUUUGGCCUACAGAAACUGGUAGGCAGAGAUUACAACCGCAUGCAAGAGGAACUCAAGAGAGGAAACAUAAUUGGCAUUGUGGAUGCAAGGAUAGCGAAUAUGGCGGAUAUUGAGGAGGUAAGAAGAGCCGCUAUGUUAGGGAUGUUGUGCGUUCAAGACGAUGAAAAUACGAGGCCUCGGCAUGGGGAAAGUAGGGAAUAUAUUGAAAAGAACGAUGGAGGCUUAUGUGACACAAAUUCCGAGGUUUAUGCGGGUCUUACAAAAUCGGGUAGAUGA